AUGGACUCUCCAGACAAAGAACGACGUACGUUGGAUAAAAUGUCUACCUCUAAAAGAUCAUUGAAAGAAAUUCUAGACUCGGAAUACGUGGAUAAUAGCGAUGAAGAAUCUGAAGCUUUGAACGUGGAUGACGGAACCAUUGACAAUGCAUCUGACGACGACUCUGAAGAUGUGGAUCCAUCAUUAUGUGUCGAAUGUAAGGAUAUGAAGGCUGAAAUUAUUUGCAAUGAUUGUGAGGAAAGGUUUUGUGUUAUUUGUUUUGAGAUGAUUCACAGGGGUGGGAAGAGACGUAAACAUGAAUAUGUUAAGAUUCAAGAAGAGCCACAUACUAAUGAGAAUACUCUGACUGAAAAUUUACCACAAACCGAAGAAGAACAAAAAAAAAUGCAAGACUCUAUCAAUGAAAAGGAGGAACAGGAAGGAAAAGAGGAUUCACGUAAUGUUGAAAAAAUAGAAACUAAUAAUGACACUUCCAUUGAUGAUAAGUUAUUGAAACAUAUCGAAGAGAGUGCUAAUUUUAUCCCAAUGAGAUUGACCUAUGAUGAAAGACAUCUCUUGAGACUAUUGGAGGCAGCUCUUCAAGUAUCUGAAUAUACUGAUCGUGUAGACAUAUUAUCGUACACUUCUAAAUCCAAAAGAAUUGUUGCUCAAUUGAAGGAGAUGUGUUCUGUAUUAUCAGGUUUGGUAAUUGCUUCGAAUUUGAAGAUUGGUCAGAAAUUGUUAGAAAUGAGGAACUUUAGUGACAAUGCUAAAUGGUUUCAGGAUAUUUUUGAAAUUGGUAGACGUUAUAAGAUUAUGAAUCCUGAAAGAAUGAGAGAUACCUAUGGUAAAUUAUGUUAUAUGGUUAUGGAUUCUCGUUUACCUCAAAUUGAAGAGCACAUGGAAUUCCAUUUAUUCAAACCGAUUAAUACAGUUAAAUCAUUUCUAACAUCAAAAGGGAGAGACAAUGAAAAAGUAUUGCGUUUAUUCAAGGAUAAAUUACUUCUUUAUGCUACUGCUCAUAUUUCACCAGUUGGAAGGUCAAGAACACAAAUUCAAAAAUUAAUUAAACAAAAGGAAACUGCCAUUGAAACUUUAGCCUCUAAAUACAGUGACAAACAUUACACCAAGGAGGACAUUCGUCAAGUGUUGUACUCCAUCGGUGAUCAUACUGCGUAUGUUAAUAUGAACAGAAGACCUAUUAUGAGAAUGCUCGAAAGAUUAGAAGUAUUCCGUCAACCAGAUAUUGCCGCUAUGUAUUCUAUUGGGAUCCAAUAUGGUAGAGGUGGAGCCAGGUUAACUCAUGAUCAUGAGAGACAAUGGAAUUAUGUUCAACAAUCUCUAACAUUGUGGUCCAUUAUUCAAAGAGAGAUGGUUCAUCUAUGGUAUCUUGCUGAUACCGAUUUAUUUGAUGGUUCUCAAUAUAAAUUAGCUUCAACAGGUCACGGAUUGAACCGUAUUAAAUCAUGCCCUACCAUUUACAAAGAGAUGUAUAGAAUCAUUUCUGAAUGUCGUAGCAAGACAGAUACAUGGGUUGGAUCUUCGGUAGUCCAUUUAGGUGAUGACGCUGUCCCCAAUGCGUUAUUUUUUUUGGAUAAGUAUACUCAAGUACCCAGCAUUUUAAUACCAUUUGAUCAAACUUUAUUGAAGAUUAACGAAUUAGUAGUUAAGGAUGAAUAUUUGUUAGAAUAUAUCAAUAAGGAAUAUGGAUCAGUAGAUGAUUUGAAGUUGACCAUCUUACAGGAUGCGUUCGCUCAUAUGUUUGAUGGUUCUGGUGCAGACAAUUUCUACAUGAGCGGAUCCUGUAUUGAUGGACGUUUAACCUCAGCAUGGAAUCAUUGUAAUGAGAUUUCGAAAAAGAAGUACUAUAAUAUCUUCCUACUGACUUCAUUUAAUGGGUUUAAUGGCUCAGAAGGGUUUUAA